AUGUCCUCACUCAGAAGUAUCUCGGCGAGACUAUCCAUGCUCACGUCCAGUGCUGGAACAGAGAAAACUAGCACUAAGCUGGCGGAUACGAUCGAAGUCCCAUCAAGAGAGAGUCAAACCCAAGAUGGUGUGACUUUCGGCUCACUAAACAAAGUGAGGCUUUUUACUAGGCCUAAUCCUGAAUAUCACCGUCUCGAAGGAAUCUUUCACCCACCACAAGCGAUAUACAGCUUCAGUAUGAGCGACGGUAGAGGUCCAGAUCCAGAGACCAAUCCGAAAUUCUCAAAAAACUGGAUACCGCUCGUCAACAGUCACAGAAAUAAUAGGAAAGAUGUCAUUGUCCCAUUUAAACUCACCGAUUUGAUCGUCCCUAGAGAUUCAGAGGAAAAGGAGACGUACAACCCAUCCAAUUUCGAACGUCGAAUGUGGAAGUCACUUGAGAGUGUCCAUCGCUCUUUCUCAGGACUCUCUCAGUACACCUCACGACAAUUUGAAACAUCGCCAUCUGAAGCUGUGUCGAAGAGCGAAGAUGGUGGACUUCCUACAGUGACUGUCACUGUCCUUCAUCUAGGUCAGGGUGAAGUCGUAGGAGGUCAUUACACGCCUACUCUUGCAGUGUGGUUCAAUCCUCACGGCUCUGCAGGAGGAUUCAUGACUGAUUCUGAGAAAUUGUCGAGUGGCGAUAUUUCGUGGACUGGACCAAUGUACUAUCUCAUUAACGAGAAUCAAGGAGGUGUAGUGCCCCUUUCACAUAAUUUCGGUAAAUUCGCUGGAGAUCGAAGCACUUCACACAAGAUAGAGUCUCCCCAGCCUGAAGAUGAGGGCACAGAAGCUGCUUUCGAAGGUUUGGUGGAUUUGGAAGUGGACGGGAAACCUUGUUUCUUAUAA